UUCAAACACAUCUCCACGUUCCGUCCUUCUCAUCUUCAGCGAGCCAGCCGUCAGCGCAAUGACUGGAUCAUCUACGUUGUUUGUGGUAUCGAGUGUAGCCAUCCUGGCGCGAGAUUGCAACAGCCUUCUUGUGCAUCCACAUUUAUCCAUUAGUCGACUCUCUACAUCGGCAGCAACUUCGUACAGCAGCAGCAGCAGCAGCAGCAGCGGUACGCGGCCACUUCGCAUGGUGCUCGGCCAUCACAUCGAACCCGUGGUAUCGCUACUCUUGGCCGCAGAUAAUGACCCUUCGCUCAGUACCCUCGGCGAUCUGGCACAACAAGCUCCGGACGUGAUAGGAGCUGCUUCAGAUCUGGCAGACUCUGCCCAGGCUUCGGUUGGCGAAUCCCUUGGUGCAAUAGGAAAUGUUUGGGACUCGAUCGUCGACACGGUUACGUCAGCCAAAGACCAGGCUACGGACACCACUCUGGGAUCGGUUGAUGCGCUGAAGUAUCAGGUGGACGAGUUGAGUGCGAAUGCUCUCUCCCCCUUUCAACGGCUCGGUGAGGACAUUUCGAAUAGUUUGAGCGGACAGCUGGACAGCUUAAAAAUUGGAGCGCAGGGCGCUGUGGGAGAAGCACAGACGCAGUUCGGCCAGUCUGUGGCGGAAAACAUCGGAAAUCCUGUCCAGGAGGGUAUGGGUCAAGUUUUCAGCAAGUUCGGAACCAGCCCCGAGGAGCUACUCAAAGAGGAACAGACAUUAACAAACGGCGUGCAGCAGGCGAUCAAGGGGGUCGAGCGGGUAGCACCUCCGAGCACUCUGUUCUACGCAGAAAAUGCCGCGAUUCUGCCUUUAUGGGUAGGUAUGGUUGUUUGGCCUGAAGAGCCUCUGACCAAGAAAAUCAUGAACAGCUACGGGCCCCUCGUCUUGGCGGCUCUGAUCUACAUGUGGCUGACCUACGAGUGCUUCCAAAACCCUGUCUCACUGCAAGGGUUUGCGAGUGGCAUCACUAAUCUUGGAGGGUUAACGAAAGGUUUUGGAGAAGAGGUAUCGGUGGCGACAGCCUGGUCCCACUUUCUGGCAGAGGAUCUUUUCAUCGGACGUUGGGUGUACUUGGAUGGCCAGAGGAACAAAAUCUUCACAAAGCACUCGCUGGUCUUGUGCUACUUGUUCGGCCCAGCUGGUUUCUUGAGUCACUUGCUUACCCGCGGGGUGACGAGCGUGGUCAAGCCUGGUGUCCGAGAUAUCAUGCAACAACAGCCUACCGAACCAUCGCCGAAAACGCCUUCUUCCGGGACACCUUCCUCGACACUUCGUAGAGAGGCUAAAGAGCUCAUCACCAAAGCCAAACGGGAAGCAGAAGAAAUACUCCAGCAAGCGCGAUCAACCGGAGCUGCGCAAGCUGCAUCUUUGCUGGAGGAGGCGGAGACGGAGGCCCUUCUGAUAUUGAAAGGAGCAGAGGUAGAGAAAGAAGCACUCCUGUUGAGAGCGAACAAGACUGAGCCAAGUACGGAGGCGGAGACUAGACCAGCAGGCUCAGAGGCAAAGGCUGGGUCAGAGGCAAAGGCCGAGUCAGCAAAAAUCGAGCCAUAA